CUCCACCCUCUUACAACACUUACCAGGAAGAGACUGAGUUAUUUCUCUUUUCUGUCAUGAUGACUCUCUUCUCUCUCGGCAAAAUCAAUAAAGAUUGAAGCAGCGAUCAGUGGAGAAUGAAGAUAAACACUUUCAGGAAGGAUUUGUGAGACAUUUGUUUCUGAACAGAGAGCAGAUCGUUGUGAUUCUCAAGGUGAUUUAUUCUUAAACCCGUCGUUCAGAAAGUGAAAGUAAAGUUUGUGUUACUGGAGCUCAAACUGUGGAAAUGGCUUCACUAAACGUGUUUGCAGAAGAGCUUUCUUGUCCCGUGUGCUGUGACAUCUUCAAGGCUCCUGUUGUUUUAUCCUGUAGUCACAGUGUCUGUAAAGAGUGUCUUCAACAGUUCUGGAGAACCAAGAAAACUCAGGAGUGUCCCGUCUGCAGGAGAAGAUCCUCAAAAGACAAACCUCCUCUUAAUCUGGCGUUAAAAAACUUGUGCGAGUCGUUCCUGACGGAGAGAAAUGAGACGUGUUCAUCAGGAUCUGAGGAGAUCUGCAGUUUACACUGUGAGAAACUCAAACUCUUCUGCCUGGAGGACAAACAGCCAGUGUGUUUAGUGUGCUUUACUUCACAGAAACACGUCAAUCACACAGUCAGACCCAUCAGUGAAGUGGUCUCAUCAUAUAAGGAGGAGUUCAAUACAGCACUGAAGUCCUUACAAGAGAAACUGAAACACAAUGAAAACAUUAAAGGAAAGUUUGAGAAAACAGUUCAACACAUCAGGGCUCAAGCUGAGCACACAGAGCGUCAGAUUAAACUGCAGUUUGAGAAGCUUCAUCAGUUUCUCCGAGAUGAAGAAGAAGCUACAGUCACUGCACUGAAGGAGGAAGAGGAGCAGAAGCAGCAGAUGAUGAAGGAGAAGCUGGAGGAGAUGAACACACACAUCUCAGCUCUUUCACACACACUCAAAGACAUGGAGGAGAUGAUGAAUGCCAAUGACGUCUGCUUUCUGAAGGAGUUUCCAGUCUCAAUGGAAAGAGUCCAGAGCUCACGGCCGGAUCCACAGAUGGCGUCUGGAGCUUUGAUUCAUGUGCCACGACACUUGGGCAACCUGCCGUUCAGAGUCUGGAAGAAGAUGCAGGACAUCGUCCAAAACACUCCUGUGAUUCUGGAUCCAAACACUGCGAAUCCACGUCUCGUCCUGUCUGAUGAUCUGACCAGUGUGAGAAACAGCGAGAACAGACAAACUCUUCCUGAUAAUCCAGAGAGAUUUGACUGUUUUCCCUGUGUUCUGGGUUCAGAGGGUUUUAACUCAGGAUCACACUGCUGGGAUGUGGACGUUAAAGAGAGUUUAUGCUGGACUCUUGGAGUAACUUCAGCAUCAGCCCAGAGGAAGGGACUCGGUUUCUUCAACACUGAUGUCUGGAGAGUGUCGUACGGAUUGACUCCAGGUUUUGGUUUUCAUGUUAAACAGAAGCGUGAUCGUGUGAGAGUGAAUCUGGACUAUGAUGGAGGAACAGUGUCGUUCUCUGAUCCUGUAACUAACACACAUCUACACACACACACAGCCACCUUCACACACACACUCUUUCCAUUCUUCUUGUGUUUUUCUUCCUCUCUGAGGAUCUUACCGGUCAACACUCAGUAAAGUGACUCCUGUAGAUCUGGAUCUUCCUGCUUUCAUCAUGUUUCCAAUAUUUACUCCAUAUCUCAUGAGUAAGAGUGCUGUAGAUCUGAGUAUCAGUACGGCUGCUGUGAUUGGCCCGUGAUGAUCACAUGACUGAUAUCCAGCACUACAGCAACACACACACUCUCAUGUUGCUUUAACAGAUCAAUAAACAACAGGGAAGUUUGUCACUCCCUCAUUUUCAUAGUAUUAUAUAAUAUUUUCUUCUUCUAUAGUCUGAUUCUACACAUGCUCAGUUUCAGUGAAUUUGUAAAUUAAUAAUUGUUUAUUUCAGUUUAAAUGGUCAUUUGCUCACUUAAGUCCAUGGAUGUAAAUGAUAACAGGGCGACGAGAGGGUCCGUAUCUCUCCUCAUUGGAGGAAGCGUACGGGCUAACCUGGGUCAUGUGACGCUCCUCAGCCUAUCAGCACAUCUCCUGUUUGGACUCUUUAUCCUCAACUUGUUUGUGGUGGCAUUUCUUUUCUCUUAAUGUGUAAUUAUGAUAUAUCCACACUCCCUCUCAAACGCUCCAACGUUCAUCAUCAGGUUCUCUUAGCAUGGGCUCUAAUUUAUAAACAUUACUUUUCAUCAUGUUUAACUCAUCUCCAUACCAGCGUGAGUCCCAUCUUCAACCACACAGCUGGAUAAUAUUCUGACUCACUGUUCUUGAUCCAGUCUGACCUCUGACCUCUGACCUGUGACGCCUGAAUCAUCCUCACACACUGUUGGCCAGAGGACUGAGCUGAGGGUUUCUCCAUUCUGAUGGAGUUUGGGUUCCUCCACUGUCCCCUUGGCUUUAGGCGGCUUAGUUAUGGACAUUUAAUAUUCAACUAUUUUACUGAUCUGCCUUCAUGUGGACGAUGAUGAAAUAUUCUUCUAGAAACAAACUUUGCUGUAUUAUUUUCAUGUUAUCACUGAGACACAAUCUGUCCUGUAAAAGCACUAUAUUAAUAAAGGUGGCUUGACUUGA